UUACCAUCUGCCUAUAUGACCACUCCUCAGUUUCUGAAGAGAAGCACCCUGUAUAGUUCUUCUGGCUUUUGCACCCAGAUCUUCGACAAUGAAGGUGGCUGUCAUCUUUCUUCUCAGUGCUUUGGCCCUGCUGAGUUUAGCAGGUAACACUUUUUCAGCUAAGGUGACUGGAAAAGAGGCUAGUUGCCAUGAUGCAGUGGCGGGAUGUCCCAGAAUUUAUGAUCCUGUGUGUGGGACUGACGGAAUUACUUAUGCCAAUGAAUGUGUUCUGUGCUUUGAAAACAGGAAACGCAUAGAGCCUGUCCUCAUUCGAAAAGGUGGGCCUUGCUGAAAGUCAAGAUUUUGAACUCUGUUAUGGCUACCGUAAUGUUUGGCAAGUGGGUUCGUUGAAUAAAUGCAUCUGAACAUACCUUGUUCUUCCC